AUGGGAGGGGUGGCGGUGGACACGGAUGCAGGGGGUGUCAAGGCUCCAGAUGGAGGGUGGGGCUGGGUGGUGCUGGCCGGCUGUUUUGUCAUCACGGGCUUCUCCUACGCUUUCCCCAAAGCGGUCAGUGUGUUUUUCAAAGAGCUGAUCAAGGAGUUUGGGGUGGGAUACAGCGACACUGCCUGGAUCUCCUCCAUACUGCUGGCCAUGCUCUACGGCACAGGUCCUCUGUGCAGCAUCCUGGUGAACCGCUUCGGCUGUCGUCCAGUGAUGAUGGUUGGAGGCCUCUUUGCCUCUCUGGGAAUGAUCCUGGCCUCUUUCGCCACCAGCAUCAUCCACAUCUACCUCACUGCUGGAGUCAUUACAGGUCUGGGGUUAGCUCUGAACUUCCAGCCAUCUCUGAUUAUGCUGAACCGCUACUUCAGUGAGAAGCGUCCUCUGGCCAAUGGCCUCUCAGCAGCAGGCAGCCCUGUGGCCCUGUGCUGCCUCUCACCACUGGGACAGGUCCUUCAGUACCAGUAUGGAUGGAGGGGGGGCUUCCUCAUCCUAGGUGGCAUUCUGUUGAACUGCUGUGUGUGCGGGGCCCUCAUGAAGCCUCUUGUCCCCCAUAAGACCCCAAAGGAACUGGGAGAGGACAACGACAAAGAUGGGGAAGAAAAGAAGAAGAAGCCCAAAGCCAAGCUGCUGGACUUCUCUGUCUUUAAAGACUGUGGCUUCGUCAUCUACACUGUGGCGGCGUCCAUCAUGGUUCUGGGGCUGUUUGUGCCUCCAGUGUUUGUCGUGAGCUACGCUAAGGAGCUGGGGAAUGAGGACACCAAAUCUGCUCUGCUGCUCACUAUCCUGGGCUUCAUUGACAUUUUUGCACGGCCCACGUGUGGCGUGAUCGCCGGACUGAAAUGGGUUCGGCCUCGAUGCGUCUACCUCUUCAGCUUUGCUAUGAUCUUCAAUGGAACCACUGACCUGAUCGGCUCACAGGCCAAAGACUAUUCAUCUCUGGUGGUCUUCUGCAUCUUUUUUGGCGUCUCCUACGGCAUGGUGGGGGCGCUGCAGUUUGAGGUUCUCAUGGCAAUAGUUGGUACUGAGAAGUUCUCCAGUGCCAUCGGCCUGGUCCUGCUCAUGGAGGCUAUUGCUGUGCUGGUGGGGCCACCUGGUGCAGGGUGGCUGCUCGAUGCCACCAAGAACUACAUGUGCGUCUUCCUGCUGGCAGGAAGUGAGGUGGUCCUCGCAGCUUUGGUUUUGGCUAGUUGCAACUUUCUGUUCAUCAAAACCAAGCCCUCAGAGCCAACGGACAAACUCGAGAGCAUCGCGGUGACUGAGGACACCAAGACGGAGACAGCGUGCAGCAAACCGGUAGAGACGAGCGACGAAGAGGAGAAGGGAGCGAGAGAGGAGCAGGAGAAGGAGACAAAGAAGGAUGCGAUGAAGGAGUUGAAGGAGGAGGACGAGAGAGACAAAGAGGACGUGGACGAUGCCAGGCCAAAGAGCGUCACAGUGGACUCACAGGCAGUGGAAAGGUUCUUGAAAGAGCCACAACCAAACGGCAGCAUGGCCACCAGUCCAGAAACAUGUCUGUGAGUUUGAGUGAAGGACGCUGGACAGGAUUUCUAACCGGACAGCUCA